AACUUAAACUAGGUAGGUCGAUAGCAUGCGGUGCGGUCUCCCCAAUUGCAUUUAUUUUAGUUCAACUAUCGCGGAAACCCUUUUUUUCUUUUCUUUCUUCUCUCACACAUUCUUUUUGUUCUCGUUCCGAUCGUUUGCUUCCAAAACGUUCUGCCAAUUCCGUAUCAAUGCAGUUUGAACCUGUUCUGACGUCGAGGGGGGUUGAACCACCCCUUUCCGGCUAUGCAUAUGCUCAAGCAUGGUAAGGACUAUACCAGAUUCCUUUUCAAUGCCCACAGAUCUUCCAUGGCCGCGUUGGGAAGAGAGCUCUUAGGAGCUCAAUGUCAUCCCGGAGUAUGUAACAGAGCAAAGCUAACACACUCCGAAGGGCCUCAGCAUACUACGCCCAAGAAAUCACCAACAGCAUUCGCCGUUUUUCCAAUGCAGACCGCAACAAUCCCUAUAUGAACAACCUCAGUAAUGGCACCUCGCAACGACCCUUCCGAAUCCUCGACCUCCCCCCGGAGCUCCUCCACUCCGUAUACGAACACCUCCCCAUCCAGACCCUCCUCAAUGUCCGCCUCACGAACCGCCAUCUCUACGAGAACUCCUUCCACACCUUCGGCACCCGCGUCCUGAACGAAGUAGUCGCCAUGCUGCACCCAGAGAGUAUAAACAUCCUCUACGAGAUAUCCCAGAACGAGAGGCUCUCCAAAUAUGUCCGGAAGGUUACCAUAAGCGGGGAGCGUGUUGCACACAUUUUCCACGCCCGCCACGCACUAUUGCAGAAGAGCCACGAGCAGGGACUCAAGAGCGGAUGGUACCGCCAGAUCCUCGCUCUGACGUUCCGAUCGUUCAAGAACCUCGAUGUCGUGGCACUGGAUCACUCAUCGUUCCACCUCGACGAGAGCUACUCGAGACGAGCGUGCCGCUGCGGUGCUCGAGCAAUGCUGCAGUACGAAUCAGACAAUUCGUACGGCAUGUUCGGCGCAGAGGACGGGCGGCAUUUCCUGGACGCACUCGACAACCGUGACAGCCCACUGUACGAAGUAGCAUUCGGAGCGUUGGAGAUGUCCGGGGUGCUGCGCGGGCGCGCCAAAGUACAGCUCCAGAUCGAAGAAGACGCGGUUUUCGACCUGGCGUCCAAGGCGUGGAGGGAGGAGCUGGCAGGCGGCGUCGCCAACCUGGAGCUCUUUUCCGUGGCCGGCUCCGAGUGGUUUGGCGAACUGCUCGGUGGAUGUCAGAAUCUUCGUGGGCUCUACCUGCAGGGGAGUAACCCCGCUAGAUCCGUUUCUUUCCCGGUUUCUCGCGGGCUAUCGACACCGCCCAUGUGGCCGAAGCUGAAAAGCAUCGAGCUGUUCGAUUUGAUGCUCGAUUACGAAUCGCUGCUCGCGCUGCUCCGCGCGCAUGGCGAGCAGUUGACGAGCCUUGACAUCCAGAAGUGCGGACUCACCUCCGGGACGUGGCUCGAGCCCCUCGAGGCAAUCCAAGAUAUGCCGAGGCUGGAGCGGCUGAGGCUGAACCACCUAUUCCAGCAUUCCGCUGUGUUUCCCGAUCCGGCUGACCUUCAGGGGUCGGCGCCAUACAUCCCAAGGAGAGUCGAACUCGUGACACAGAAUCGUAUUCAGACUUUUCUAGACGCCCUUCUAGCUGCUCCUCGUGCAUUCGUCGACGGCAGCAAUACUGUUGAUCUCAAAUAUGAGGUCAUGGACCUCCAGCGCGCGAUCGUGGGGGUCGAAUAGACGCAUUUUCAUCAGCGACAUUGCAUUAAUAAUUCCGACAUAAUUAAUAGGAACAUGAGCAGGACAUUCCUCGUUAUAGUGAGGUUUGUCGUCUCGAUAAUAUUGUACAUACAUAUAGAUUCUACGACCGAACUCCAGAUACCCGGGUUCUAUAUAGAUUUCCCUUUCUUCUGCUGCAUUAUACCCCUUUGCUAGCGGAUUGUUUUAUUGAUAGAUGGCUUUUUUAGAGAAUAGAUUGGGAUUUUCCUCUCUCUGUGCAUUUAGCUGGCAGUUUGUUCAUGGGCUUC